UCGCUCAUGUACGCCGUGCAGCUAAUUAUAAUAGUGUUCGGGGGGUUGUCACGGUGCAUCGCGGUGGGGGUAGAGGGGGGCGGUCACCACCGACCUCACGCAGUCUCUCACGUCGCCCACGGAACCGCUGUCCUGCACACACAUUGUUACACUGAACCUUCUUCUACCCGUACGGGCCGCUGCUAGUCGCGAAAAUCCAGUGUGUCGUGCGUGCGAACAAUUGAAGUCCGUGACUUUCGCGCCGCGUUCGAAAAGUGCGCUGCGGCGUCUAAGACGAAAAACAAUAGACGACACCACCUGUGGCACGGCCGUCUUUAUUGUCUGAUGUCAGUUUCGUUAUCCUCGUGCGGGCGACUUCGGCGCUCGGUGCAUAAUUAAUUCGACUGUCUUUACGCAUACAGAGUUAUUCAAAUUUAGUGGGCCGAUCAAAGUGUGGGCGUUCAAGAUGGAGGAAGGAUGGGAGUCCCACGUAUCCCCUUUGAUGAUGGGCGUGGGGAUGGGUGAGAUGCAAAGUAUGGGAGAUAUGCACUGCAGGGACGACAUGAAUCUGUCGCAGCAUCAUCAGGAAAUGGGGCAGGAUAUCGAGCAGGAUUUGGGACAGCACCACCACCACGAUGGUUUAGGUGGCCCAGCUGGGGAUUAUUACUCACAUCAGCUGUUGGUAUCGGGUCAACCAACUACCAACUCCGGCUCCUCUCCCGUUUCCGGUUCUUUGAGUCCCGGAGGAUCUGCAGGUCUUCCCGGAGCCCUCUCUCCCGGAGGAACCUCCAGUACGGGCCCCACGCAAUGUUGCGAGUCAGGACGACCUCUGGUUACUGACCCGGUGACGGGCCAGAGUGUGUGUUCAUGUCAGUACGAUUCUGCGAGGUUGGCAGCCCUGCAGUACCGGAAUGCGAGCGUCGGCAUGUAUGGAACCCCUUAUCCUUCGACGGACCAAAAUCCCUAUCCCAGCAUAGGCGUUGAGAGUUCUGCUUUCUACUCACCACUGGGAAACCCUUAUGCUCUCAAAGAUGCAAGCGGAGCGACUGACAUGUCGCCGUGGAGCAGUGCCGGUCUUCAACCAACAACAGGGUACUAUCCGUACGAUCCUACUUUAGCAGCUUAUGGGUAUGGCGCAGGGUACGAUCUCGCAGCCCGACGCAAAAACGCGACGAGGGAAUCAACGGCCACCUUGAAAGCGUGGCUGAACGAACACAAGAAAAACCCCUACCCCACCAAAGGAGAGAAAAUCAUGUUGGCCAUCAUCACGAAGAUGACGUUGACGCAAGUGUCAACGUGGUUCGCCAAUGCUAGGCGAAGGCUCAAAAAAGAGAACAAAAUGACUUGGGAGCCCAAGAACAAAACCGAUGAUGAUGACGACGCUUUGAUAUCUGACAGCGACGACAAAGAUAAAGACGAUGACGACAAGAGGGAUGAAACAGACAUCCACGGCCGUAUAAAAUCGGAACGGAACGGUAAGGACUUAGACGACGAUGAUAUGACCGACGAGGACCGAAAGGACGACAUUCUGGGAGGAAACAUGCACCACAUCCUUGGCAACGGUUUCGGCCUGAAGUCCGAAGUGAAAUCUUCAGACUGCGGGAUUCCGCUGCCCCCAUCCAAACCCAAAAUCUGGUCCCUGGCGGAUACCGCUGCUUGCAAGACCCCUCCACCCCCUCCGUCCUCCCAGCAGCAAUGGUUGGGGGGAAAUGGAUUCGCCCUCCCCAGUUCCCGAUACAGCGGGAGUGGAUUCCUUCCCAGCCACUGUCAGCAGGGGUUUCCCGAUGUUCAGACUGAUACGCCCCCACAGACCCCCCCGAAUAUGAAGCUUCCCAGUGUGGCUGGUAACCUGAUCCCUGGACAAGGACCCUGCAUAGGGUCUUCUUCGGGAAAUGGUGGUUAUGGACAGGCUGGGUUUUUGGGGGGAUUCGGAAGGAUUCAGUCACCGCAGAGAAUACAAGGUCAACAGUCGAGUCAGAUGCCCGCCCCCACGCAAGACAAUGCCGCCUUCAAGCCUUUUUAUAAAAGCUCCCAAAGCAUGAACGGAGGGUUUGUGUCGCCGGUUUGAGCCGCUCCCUGUUGGACGUCGUCGACUCAUGAGCUAGACAUGGCGAACGAGUUUCCGAAGUCAACAAAUUACGGGCAAAGUGCAAACGAAACAAGUAUACAGUGAGUGAUGAACACUUGAAGCAGUCUGUUGUACAUUUGUGUAAAUGCAUUUAUUUAUAUCUGUGAUAAAGAACAAAAGGAUUUUCUGGCAGUGGGACUUUGUUUCUGGUAGAACGAAAAAUUUUUGGAUCCGCAAUCCGAAGAUGAUUUCUGGUUUCCGAAUUGGGCGCAUUCGGAAGUUACGAACCACCUUUUCUUAGAGGUAGUUUCUGGAACUAGAAAUUACUCGCACCUCUGUUUGCAAAUUGUUGUGUACCGUCACAAGUUAGUUGUAUUUUCAGGUUUCACCUACUUUUAUUGUUAUGUUCUUUUUGAAUAACUAGACAAUUGUUGUGUAUAAAGAGUACCAUAUCAUGGAUUUGUAAGAUUCUAUUAUUAACUAACAUAUUUUUGUUGGCGAGCUGCCUGAAGCUGUAAAUUAUUUUAUCUGUUUGUAAAUAUAUCAAUGUAUAGAAGAAUAUUAUCAUUAUGAUUGUCUUGAUUAAAAUAUUAACAGAGACUAUAUUGAAAA